AUGGAUUAUACUACUCAUCUAUCCCUAGAGCGGCGGCAGAGGCUUUUCGCUGGUGCUCUCGCGAUUACAGCCACCUGUGCCCAAUACACCACACUCCUUAUGGCCCAACCAGAAGUCCAUCAAGCUAGGGUCCCACAUGCUCAGUGGAACGAUGGCGAGAUUGCCGCCCUUAUCAAUUACUUAUAUGAUCACCGCUCGGAUGCUGAAGGAGGAGGGAAUUUCAAGACUAAGGUUCUUGCGGAUGCUGCAGACCACAUCAACAGUGAUGAAGAUCUGGCAGCCACUCAGAUGGGUCCACCAAAGACAGCAAAGUCAGUGCGCAACAAAUGGACAUUGCUCAAAAGCACUUACCAUGUUAUCAAGAAGUAUCGCAACCAGACAGGAGUCCAUUGGGGCAAUGAGAAUGGAGGUGGGAUUGCAGGACCAGCAGCAACAGCUGUGUGGGAAUCAUACAUCCAGAAAAAUCCUUUGAUUCGGCCAUUCCGCACCAAGGGAUGGGAGCAUUAUGAAAAAAUGCAAGCCAUUAUUCCAUUGGGUGGCGCCAGGGGCCAGCAUGCUUUUCGCCCAGGUGGCGUUGCUACUCCCAUCGCCAAUCCUGACACUGAGCCUGGAGGGACAUCCGAUGCGGCUGUCCCAGCUGGUGCUGUAGCUGGCCCAUCAGGCAGCACCACCACUGAUCCUCAUCCUACCACUACCGCUACUGCUAUCACCUCUGGCUCUGGCUCUACCUCCACCGCCACCACCACUACCACCACCACCACCACCUCUACUGCGGCUACCUCUGCUGCUGCUACCUCUGCUGCUGCUACCUCUGCUGCUGCUGCCUCUAGUGCUGCUACCUCUAAUGCUGGAAAAUGCCCACAUACUGAAGCUGACAUGGAGACCAUGUCAUUUGGGUCUAGUCAUAUCUCCAUGCAGCCUCCCUCUACCACCUUGGUAGUAUCCGGCCCCCCAUCCAAGAAGGCGUGGACACCAGCACAGUCUCAGAACAGCCGUCACACGAAGAUCAGCAGCAUUGCAAGGGCUGCAAAGAUCACACCGGCUGCUGCUGUGGUGGGGAUGCAAGGCAGCAUCAACCGGAUGACUGAUUCGUUCGAAGCGUUCAUGAGAGGAGCAGUUGAUGAUGACAAUGUCACCUGCGCCGUCAGACUCUUAGAGGGUGAAGAUGCCGAUAUCCCGCCGGAGCAGCAGGCUUUGCUGGUCAGUGUCCUUGGCGCGAAGGGCAAUGAUCAUUUUCUUAAGUUUUACGUUACCAUGAAGAAUAGCGUCAGGAGACAUGCAUUUGUAGAGAAGAUGAUCGGUCAGCGAGUUGGUGAAGAGGCGCAUGAUGCUGAUGCUGAUCUUGAUCUUGAUGAAUGA